ACAAAGAUACGAGAAUACAGGUGCAGUGAAAAAAGAAUCAAUCCGACCAGAAACGCGAUUAUCAAUUCACUGCGUGAUAUUAAUCUAACACGUGUAAAUUAAUCUAAUACAGAUCAAAUAAAAAAGAGAAAAUUGUGCGCAUUUAUAAUUAAUAUUGGAACGUGUAUGAAAACGAAUGAGGAAGAUAUCGAUUGAAUAUUUGGUUUCGUCAAAAAAAGUACAAAAAUCAGAUUAAUAAUUUCGUCCAAAUUUAUAAAACGCUGGUUCUAUCUUUAGUCGAGAUGAAACUAUUUGCGCGUCCAAAAUGUUUUUCCGAAGCGAUAGCGCCGGUGACAACUCUCAAUCGUCUAAUGGGACUUCGUGCUUUCGAAUAUCCUCGUGAUCGCCCAAGACCUAUACUCAGUCUGAUUUACCUUUUGAUUGCUUAUGGUAUAUACUGUAAUGGCUCGUUGAGAUUGGAGGAAGUAUAUUUUGCGGACAUUCGAUUGAUGAAGCUGGAAUAUGUUUUAUAUAAAUUAUUAUCGUAUUUCUUUCUUUGUUCUGUAAUAAUCAAACUGUUAUUGGGCUGGUGGUACACGAAGGAAUUCAAAAUUUGUCACAAAAAAAUUUUUGAGAUAGAUGAAACAUUACGACAGCUUGGAUCGACAGUGAACUAUGACAAAAUAUAUUUUGUGACAAUUGGAGUGAUAAUUAUUUCGUUUACAUUCGGUUUUAUUUUGUGCAUCUUGGCUUUCAGUCACUUGCAGGUACACACAGAUAUAUUUAAUUCAAUGUACAUGACGGUAGUAUAUACAUACGGACUGAGUGUCAAUACCAUUACUAUCUUUGAAUUCUAUUUGUUUGUAAGAUGCUUACAAAUGAAAUUUAGAUUAGUCAAUCAACUUUUAUGUGACAGCAUAAUAACAUGUUCAUCGGAUAUGAAAUUGGGCAUUUUUGAAAUGAAAGAUUAUACUAAUAUCAUGAACGCCCAACAGCGAAAACGUAUAAUUUCUAUGAAGAUGUUUCGAUGGUUUCAACAAGGGCAAUCACGAAUAAAUAAUUCGAAGAAGCAAAAUUCGAUAACUCAGAUUGAGCCUCAGUCUCCAUUCCAUCUCGAAAAACAAUUCCAAAGUGAACUCCGAAAUCGGUUUCAAAGACACGAUCCAGUAAUGACAAAAUGUGAAAAACGUAAAUAUUUAGUACAAACAAUUAAACAGGUGCAUCUGGAGUUAGUUAGAGUAACGAAAAUAUUAUGCACCAUUCUCGGUGUACAAACAGCUUGGGAGAUAGGUGUGACUACUAUAUUUCUCACUGGAAUUCUUUAUAAUUUCUACGUCCGAUAUAUUAUAGAACAAAAGAAAGUAAACAACUUUUUUGUGCAAACAUGCCUGAUGAUUGCACAGACCUUUAUUCACAUUUUGAAAGCCGCUUCUUUGAGUUGCGUUUGCAGAUAUGCGGCCAAUGAGGGAAACAAAACUAUCGAAAUUAUCCACGCAACUUAUGGGUGCGAUGCAAAUGUAAAUUUGCAGGAAGAGAUUCAACAAUUUGGUAUUCAAAUCUUGCAAAAUCCAGUGAGAUUCUCCGCAUUUGGUCUUACUCUGGAUAAUCGUGUUUUAACUAUGAUUUUGAAAAAUGUAACCAUUUACAUAGUUAUCAUGAUACAAGUGAGCAACGCACUGGAAUCGAACAAUGCCAUACAAUAUACGCAUUUUUAAGAA